CCGCAGCUACCAUACCUCGAAUCAUCAAAGCAUCGCAGCCAAGGCAUCGCCAGAGACAUCAACGCCGACAACUCCUCUCGCGCUCGCUUUCGACACCGGAGAGGAUCCACCGUCGUCAUGGGCAAGGUGCGCUCGUUCUUCUCCCGCAACGGCCGGCGCGCCGGCGGCGUCAUGACCUCGCCGCCUCCCUCCUCCGCGCCCAGCGCGUCCGCGUCCCCGUCCCCGAGGAAGGUCCCGGGCGCGCCGGCGCCGGCGGAGGACGAGAUGGAGCGCGUCUUCCGCAAGUUCGACGCGAACGGGGACGGGCAGAUCUCCCGGUCCGAGCUGGCGGCGCUGUUCGCGAGCGUGGGCCACGCGGCCACCGACGACGAGGUGUCCCGCAUGAUGGAGGAGGCCGACGCAGAUGGUGACGGAUGCAUCAGCCUCCCCGAGUUCGCGGCGAUCAUGGACGCCGCGGCCACCGACGCGGCGGCCGUCGAGGAGGACCUCCGCCACGCGUUCAUGGUGUUCGACGCCGACGGCAAUGGGGUCAUCACCCCCGCCGAGCUGGCACGAGUGCUGCGCGGGCUCGGGGAGGCCGCCACCGUCGCGCAGUGCCGCCGCAUGAUCCAGGGCGUGGACCGCAACGGCGACGGGCUCGUAUCGUUCGAGGAGUUCAAGCUCAUGAUGGCCGCCGGCGGCGGGUUCGGCAAGAUCGGUUCUUGAAGACGACUGGCUCCGUCCUCUUAAUUGGCUUCGUUUAAUUGUACAUACAUAACACUGUAACAGAGGAUUAUUAGCUACAGAAUACAAAGGCAACAUCACAGCGCGAUUGGUUCUGUAUAUAUUUUGCAAAUUUGUAACCAUUGUUUUGGCUUCAAUUCCAAGCUUAUGGUUUUGAGUUUAUUAAAUUCGUCAUUUGGCGUCA